GAAAGAGACCUGCAAACACGAACCAAAAAAUCCCCUCCAAUGGCUGCCAAGCUAAUAUUCAAAUCCAAAAUCUCUGUUUCUUAACAUCAAGCGCACCGUAAUUCUUAAUUUUAGAGAGCCCAAAUUUAUGUCUUUACCUCUUUAAUCAUGGAAUUCUCUUCUUCCCUCACAAACCGCCCCAAUUUUCUGACAUUUCCUUCUCUUCGUCUUUCACCCCUUUCCCACUCCAAACCCACCUGCAACCCACGAAACCCAAGUCACAGAACCUCCGAAUUUUUGCCGUUGCCGUCGCCCCUCAAGAACUCCCGAGGAGCAGCCCGCAGAGACUUCUCAAAGAGCUUGCGCAGCGUAAAACAGCCAUUGGUCCAAAGAAAAAUGUGCCUCCGAAAAGGUUCCCUUGUUGAGUUCUUGCUUGCUCUCUUUGCGGCCUAACAAUGCUGAUAAAAUGUGGAUGGACGAGUGCUUGCUUGAGGCCAAGCAAGCUCUGGGUUACCCUCGGAACCAUCUGAGCAACUGGGGGAUGAUAAUCCAGCCAAACAGUUUGAUUCUCUGAGGCAUUUGGCGUUUCAACACCCCUCGUGAGAGGACGAAUGCAAGGCAUGUGAAGUCGGCGCAUUCCUGGCUGUUGUUCUUUGGGCAGUAUGUGAUUGAAUUGGUGUUGAUGGAGUAUUUCUUGCAGAGGUACCCUAGGGAGUCUCCCGGACCAAUGAGGGAGAGGGUGUUUGCUUUGAUGGGGAAGAGGAACUUGCCUAAAUGGAUUAAAGCUGCUGGCUUGCAAAUUUUGAUAUUUCCUUAUGAUACUGUGGAUAAGUUGAUCAGAAAGGAAAAGGAACCACCUGUAAAGUGAUGGCUUUCAUGGCAGGAUCUGUGUUGGCUUUCAUUGGCAUAUAAGAGACGUGAAAGGUUCCUGGGAUGCCAUGCUUAGGCGGCCAGGGUGUCAAUUUGCUAUAGGCAGUUCCACCUGAUUUAGACAUCUGAAAUAUGCAUAGCAGGUCUGUGUUUUGGGCUUUAUUUGGGGCAAAAUACUUGUGUUUUGGUAUUCCAGAAGUAUAUCAUGUUCUCUUUGAGGUAUUUGGGAUGGAUCUAGAAGCUGAGGACUGCUAACCACGGUUAAGGAGGCAACUUGAAGAUGUAGAUUAAGUUUAUGCUGAAUUAGAUGGCCAGAAGCUCAGCUGGCAAGAUGUAGCAACUUAUAAACCCCUGUAAGAUGCUCUCUUCACACACCCAAGCUAUUCAGGGCUUGUGUUCCCCCAGGUAUGCAUUGGUUCCAAGGAAAUAUCUGGGAUUAUGAAAGAAAACCUCAAGUUACGCGGACACUGGGAUAUCCCUUGGCAAUGAUUGACAGAAUUCCUGAAAUUACUGAAGCCAGGAACAUUGAACUUGGACCAGGGCUACAGGAUUUCAGGAAGGUUAAGGGCGUUUGCCCCACUGCUUAUCUUCUGAUUUACCAUUUCGUUGGCCAUUGGAUUACAACUUUUGUUUCUUGCACCCAUCAAAAUAUAAGUUCAAACAUCCUCGGUUUAGCUACAAACGGCUGGAGAAUGUUGGGCAAAAGAUCCAGGUAUGUGGUUGCUGCAGUGAUGCCUUGUUAGAGAAAAAAUAUGUAAGUACACUCCUUUCCGCUCAUAAUCAACCUAACAGUUAUGUUUUCAAUAUCUUGAGGAUCUUGUAAUGGCUGAGAGAUUGCCGAUGAAGCAUCUAGAUGCACCUGGAAAGUGGCUGUAAGAGAGGCACAGGCGACUUCUCAUGAACAAAUUCUGCGUUAAGGUAUUUAAGGGAGAAACGUCUUCAUGGCUUUAUCGUCUAUUCAGAGCAAGCUGAAGUGGCAUUCGAGCACAACCGCACUCUAAGAAACCUUGCCACGACUGCCGUUCAACAAGCAAUCCACGGCCUUGCAUACACCGUCUACGGAAAGGCAGAGGUCAGGCGCCUCAUGUUCGAGGUCUUUGAUUUCGAACAAAUCCAACCAAAACCC